AUGUACCGGUCUCUGUACGCCUUCCGAUCCGCCGAGCCCAACUCGCUGCACUUCGCGGCCGGAGAGAGCUUCUUAAUCCUGGAGAGGAGCAACAAACACUGGUGGCUGGGGUCCCGCUGCAGCUCGGGGGAAACCGGCUACAUCCCGGCCUCAUACAUCGAGAAAAUACAGGCUCCAGAGCAGGACGAGGUGCUGCAGUCUAUCGACAGAGCGAUCGAAGGAAUCCACAAUGUGGCCUUAAAAAAUGGAGGCAAAUACAAUCUGGAGCAGAGAGAUGUUCUACAGAAGUUGAUCCAUCACAGGAAGGAGACGCUCGCGCGACGAAGUUCCUCGUCCACCGGUCACAAACAAGGCCUCCCGUCCUCCAACAGUGAAAUAUCUCUCAGCCAGACUCCUCCUCCACCCAACGGCCUUAACCGAGACCUCGGACGACAGGGGAGCAUGCCAUUAUCAGGAAGCAUGGACAAUAUGCAGGGAGAACAGGGCUUUUACCAGGUGCCUCCUCAACCUCGACGUGCAGCGCCGAUCACCCCGCCUCCCCCCGAGAAACAGCGAAACAGCCGGCGUCCAGCAGAGCCGGAGGUCCCCUCCAGAGUGUCCUCUCUCCCUCCGUCCCCUGCUCCCUCCCUCUCAAUCAGCACCACCUCUUUGGAGUCUGGCUCCUCCCACUCCCUGGUCUCCUCUGACGUGAGUCUGCCAAGUGUUUCCAGCACCCCCCCUCCUCCUGUGCCAUCCCGUGUGAAGCCCCCCGCACCGCCUCCAGACGUGCUUCCCUCAGACUCCCCUCCUCAUCCAGCUCCUGCAAAGAAGAGCCCGGCUCCACAGCCUCCCCAGCCCACCCCUCCUUCACAGCCCACUGUGGAGGCCCAGCCGGAGAGUGAAUGGCCCGUCGCCCCCCCAUCUGUUGCUGAAAGCACUCCUGGCAGCCCCUCUACCUCUGAGCCGGUUCCCAUGACUAUUGGGGCCGAACUGAUCGAGCUGGUACGGAAGAACACGGGCCUGAGUUACGAGCUGUCGCGGGUCGCCGUCGGCGUGGUGGUGGGCCACCUGCAGACGGCCUUACCUCAGGCCUCCUCCGCUUUGGAGCAAGUGCUCCUCUCGCUGGUGGAGAGCAAGGAUUUUAGUGCAGCGCUGCCGCAGGGUCAGGUGUGUCAUGACGAACAGAGGCUGGAGGUGAUCUUCGGCGACCUCGCCCGCCACCGGGACGACUCUCAGCAGCGAAGCUGGGCGCUUCACGAGGACCACGCUCUUAUCGCCUGCUACCUGGAGGAGCUGCUGAAGAUACUGACUGAUGCCGACCCAGAGGUGUGUAAGAGGAUGUGUAAGGCCAACCACUAUGAGAAUGUGCUCUCUCUGGUUUCAUAUUAUCAGAUGGAGCAUCGUGUGUCUUUGCGGCUGCUGCUGCUCAAAGUGUUCGGGGCGAUGUGCAGCCUGGAUGCUGCUCUCAUCUCCACCUUCCUCAACUCCAUCCUCCCCAUGGAGCUGGCCAGGGACCUACAGACUGACACACAAGAACACCAGAAGAUGUGUUACACAGCUUUGGUACUUACUAUGAUCUUCUCAAUGGGCGAACAGGUGCCAUAUCAUCACUAUGAACACUUGAAUGCUGAAUUUGUGGAGUUUCUGCUGGGUGUGGUGGAGGACGGGCUUCCCUCUGAUCCCACGGAGCAGCUGCCCGACAUCUUCCUGAACCUCGUGCUGGCCUUCAACCUGCAUCACACAGCACCCAGCAGCAAUGUGAUCAUGCAGGAGCUGAAGAAGAAAAAUGUCAAGAUCCUGUCAGAGAAGGUGCUGCUACUUCUGAACCGAGGCGACGACCCUGUGUGCAUGUUCAAACACACCCCGCCUGCACCGCACUCAGUGCUCAAGUUUUUGCAGGAUGUUUUCGCCAGCCAAGAGACCGCAGACAUCUUCUACCGCACUGACAUGAUGGUGACGAUUGACAUCGCCGUACGACAAAUAUCUGACCUUUCACCUGGAGACAAGCUGAGGAUGGAGUACCUCUCCCUCAUGCACUCCAUAAUACGCUCGACGGACUACCUCGAGCACCAGCACCGCUUGUCCGACCUGCAGGGGACGCUGCAGAGGAUUCUCAGGGAGGAGGAAGAUCCGGGAGAGGAUGAAGGGAGCGCCACAGCGAAACAGAUGGAUAAGCUAAUUGUACAGCAGAUCUACAAAGAGUUCCCACAGAUCUGUGAGAACCAGGACUAACCAUAUCAGUAUUGUGCUCACACACUGUAGUCUGCUCCCGUCUACUGCAGGGAGGUACAAUAAAGCCUGAAAGAAAAACUAACAUGUUCAGUGCCAGCCUGUAAUGAGAGAAGCUAAAUCGAUUUUGCCAAUGUUUUCUUGGACUCGUAGUCCAGGGCUGCAGCGUGCACAUGAUGUUGAUUUCAGAAAGAGAAAGAGCUGUUUUUCACAGCUUUUUCUUCUCAAAUGAACUUCAGUUGAAAAAGGAGUGGGAGGUUUUUUUUUUCUUUGGUGUUUUUUCAAGAAGGAGAAAAAUAUGACAUACAAAAAACCUGUGAGGUUUAGUCAUAGAUGGAGAUUAAGAAUAGCCAAACCUUGGAGCUGUUUCACAGUGAAUUCCUAGCAAUAAUUACCUUAAAAAACUCAUACAUUAACUAAUUGUAUGUACUCUUAGUAUUUUCAAUGUAAAGUAACCAACUUAGUCUGACCAAAAUAACUUUAACCAAAUUGAUUUUUAGAACAAAUUCAAAGACUGUUAAUGAAACGGGCAGAUUUGAAGUGACGUUACUGACAACAGUGCCAACAGUGUGAGAAUACUUUUAUGUGCUUCCCUGUUAGUGGGACCAAACUACUGUGUGUUACUGAGAGCAUCAUUUUCAAUAUCGAGUAUAAUACUCUUUAAAAAACUGACUUCCUGUCUCUCUCUCAUUCAUUAUAAUUAGAAUUAAAGUCAAGUUGAACAGGUUUACUCUUCUAGUGAAAAAGCAAGCACACUCUGACUCGUGUUAUCAUUACUAAGCUUUUAGCUGGGUAACCUUUGCUGCUACAUAUUGAGUCUCUCCUGUGGCUCCGUCUGCAGUUUUCUCAGCCUGGUACUUUUGUCUCUUACUGCGUUUCACUUCAACAUGAUCACUAUGUACUUACAUAUGCAAAGCUCCUUAAGCAUUAGAAGUCACUGACUGUUUAAUGUCUGUUGGACUGAAGGGUUUUCGUCCGUAUGCUGCAAACUAACUGUGCUGCAAUAAGGCUUUAUAGCAACUUGUAAUAUGGCUGUAAUAUACUGAGUCUUGGCUGAUGUGAGCUACGGCUUCAUGGAGGGGGAAAUGUGUUCUGUACUUAUUCAUACAUUAUUCAGUGUUGUUGAUUUCCAGUUAUUAUCUGAUGCUCUUACUGAAAAUCAAGACAACUGGAAAUACAGGGCAUUUCUUUUAUCACCUUGUGGUUCUAAUAUGUUGACAGCAACAUGUACCUUUCCUUAUUUUUUCCCCACGGUGCAGUGAUUGAUGUUGUUCUCCCAUCGUACACUUAUCUGACUUAUCUGUUUUGGUCCCUGGCAUGGCUUCCCCAUCUGGAAACAUGUUCCUGAGAAGGUAGACACAAUCCAGAAGUGAUAUCAGUUUUUAGUUAAUGUCCCGAGUGUUCAUUGAUUAUUUGUGUGUCUGUUUACAGCGUGUGUGAGGGAGAUGAAUGUCUCUUCUUUCCAUGAUUAACAUUGUCUGCAGAAGUGCUACGACUGUGUUAUAAUAAAACUAAUAAAGCUAUAUUUUAACAGUGAA